AUGUUCUCUUCAUCAACAGACAACCAGGAAGACAAUAUCAAUGAAGCAAAUGGCUUAUCACAAACAGUACAUCCACUGACACCAUUGGUAACGGAAGUACAAACACCAAUAUUAGAACAACAAGGCUAUCAAACAACAUUUCAUGAGGAAAACAUGAUUGAUGAAAUCGACGCAAUUAUUCGUCGUUUGUUGACAAGUCCAAAUCAUCAAUCCCCCUAUCAAUUCGCCUUUCGAUGGACUGUUGCUGAAGCCCCCAGUCUCAAUUAUAGUGUGGUAUUGACUAUCCAUGAGACAACAUUUCCUAAUUAAUAUAUAUAUAUAUACAAUAAAAUACAUUAGGACUAUGUCCAACAUAACAUUCAAUAAGAAACUAAGACUUUUGUUGCUGCCUAUGACCAUUAAUUUCUGAUUUCCUUUCAGAUAUCAUUAUUUGCUGUCGAUAAACCAAUACCAGCAGCACCUAAAUCAUCGAUUUUCACAGAACAAAAAGUAAACCAUAGAACAGGCAGAGUGUUAUACAAUCCACUGCAUAUUUCAAUAAUUUUUCAUGAACUUUCUACCUUAAUCAUUCUAUUAUGUCAUCUGAACAAUAUCCGUCGUCACGUCGCACAUAUUACAUACAAGAAGAACAAGAACUUCUAAAUUAUGUUCGUCAACAUCGUUCUCAAUAAAAAACACAAGGUAUCUCAACUCCAUUUUAAUUUCUUUUGUAUAUAACAUAUCAGUACCGCUCAUAUCUAGAUCAAAAAUCGGCAAUUCUUGCUUCUAAAGACAUUACAAAUACAAAUGCACCAAAAGAUAUUCAACUUUGAAACACGAUAAAAUUCACAAAUUCUUGUGAAUAGAACUCUUCUUUGUUGCUGACUUUAAAACUUUCUUCUGAUUUAAAAUUUAAUUUAAUUCUAUGCAGUAUCUCCUAAUUCCAAAUUUACCUGAUGAGUCCCUUAAGCAAGGACGAAACCGGUCGUGAGUAGCUUGGAAUUACUUCUAUAAACACACCCAUUUAAAAAUACUGUGAAAAUAAUUAAAUUUAAUCUCAACAUUAGAUUGCUGUUGAAAGUCUGGGAUGUUUAAUCCUUUGCUUUUAUAAUUUUCUAUUGCUUUGAAAUUUAAUUUAAUUCUAUGCAGUAUCUCCUAAUUCCAAAUUUACCUGAUGAGUCCCUUAAGCAAGGACGAAACCGGUCGUGAGUAGCUUGGAAUUACUUCUAUAAACACACCCACACCCACACCCUCUUAGUGCUAUAUGAUGACUUCUCUUCUGUUCGCUUUUUCUCUGGGGAUUAAGAUUCGCGUUAAAACAGAUCCAUGUGGAUCGUCAUAUAGAUUACGAUAGUUGUGCGUAAGGUCACUGUGGCUGUCUGAAGUGGCUAUCCCACCAGUCAGAGCAGGAUCAAGGCCUUAUUAGAUCCAAUGUUUAGUGUUUCAGUGGAAAGGAACAUGAAAAAAAAAGACAUAAAAGAUUAAGAUUGAGCCUAGACGUUUCUCACUUUUUUCAUUUUCCUUCACGUGUUUUGUUACUGUUCAUUUUAUGGUUGUUCUUGUUUGUAAUUCAAAUCUGUUUCUUUAUAAAAUUGG